AUGAGAGGCGUGGAGGAGAGGAGGGUCAGAGUUGGGGUGGAUGUUAAGGUUGAGAUAGAGGGAGGGGUGGAGGUGGAAGGGAGUGUGAGUGUAGAGGGGAUGGGGGAGAGGGUGGUGGUGGGUAGAGUGGCCGUCUUGGGUGCUGGUGUGGGCGGUGGUGGUGCUGCUGCUGUGAGGACAAGUUUCUACUCUCAAGAUACUGAGGAGGGGAGCGAGGAGGAGGUGGAGGAGGAGGUGGAGGAGGAAAAGGAGGAGAAGGAGGGGGUUCAGAAGAUUGGGAGAAGGGGAGACGAUGGGCAUUUUCCCGUGCGUGCUUAUGGUGAUGGUGUGAACGACAGCGAUGGAGGAGAGGGUGGGGACGAGGAAGAGAGGAAGGAAAAAGUAGAGGAGGAUGAAGAGGAUGAAGAGGAAGAGGAAGAGGAGGAAGAGGAGGAGGAGGAGGAUGCAGAUGCAGGUAGUGACGACUGGUUUAGCCCCAGUGAGGAACCAACAGGGCGUAUGGAUAGAGGCAUGGGGAGGGGGGGCUCAGGCAGAGGAAGAGGCAGGGGGCGCAGGGACAGGCGCGGAGGAGGGGGUGGUGGAAGGGGGUCCAGAGGGCUAGGGCAAACCGGAGGGAUGUCUGGAGGUGGGGAUGGGUUGGGAAGGAACAGUGGGGAAGACGGGGGUUCAGCAUGGGGGAAAGCAGGUGGUGGUGGUGGAGGUGCAGGGAGGAAUGGGGGAGGUGGGAGGCGCGUGGGGGUUGGGGACAGUGGGGUAGUUGUGGGAGGGGGGAGGGAGGUGGUGGGUUGGGCGCGAGGGAGGCGGACAGUGGUUGUGAGCAGGGUGAAGGGUCGGCUGGGUGAAGAGAGAGAAGUGGAGGGGAGAGGAAAAGAGGGAAUAGGGGGCCGGGAGGGGAAAGGGGAGGUGGAAGCGGAGGUGGAAGGGGGGAGGAAGGGUGAAGAGGAGUGGGGAGGGGGGUUGUCAAGGGUGGAGAUGGGCGUGGAGGGGUGGGGAGGGAGGCAGCAGCAGGAGGGGGCCGGUGUGCAUGGAGUGACUAGAGUGAGGUCAGGCGGGGUGAAAAGCAGCAAAUGGGGUCGCAAGUAG